GAUGAAUAUUCAAAAUAGUAUAUCUAGUUAACUCGAGUACCGUAUGCCAGCGACAACUAUAAACAUGGCUCAUCGAAGAGCAAGUAAGGGACGAGUGCUUGUGGUAGGAGCUGGAGUGAUUGGACUAACAACAGCAUUAACACUUGCUGAACAUGGGUACAGAGUAACAGUUUUGGCGCGAGAAUUCUGUGCUUGCGAUGAAAAGUCUAAGCUAACGACACAGGUGGCAGCAGCUUUUUGGAACUUUAUCACUGACAACAAAGCYACUGAAGAUUGGUGCAUACAGGGUUAUUCGAAGUUCACAAAACUGGCUGAGAAUUGUCACCAUACGGGAGUACACACAAGGGAAAGAGUUUACGUCUAUUACCACAUGAUUGACAGCAAGCCAUCCUCCAAGAUGUUUAAGGAAAAUUUACAAAAGCACACUCKAGAGUUUCGUCACGACAAAAAUCUUUUACAAGAAAAAGGCGUGCCAUUAGAGUGUGGAGCUGUAGAUGCCAUGUCAGCACAGGUCCCUCUUAUUGAUACAGACAUGUUUAUGUAUUGGCUGACACAACAGUGCAUAUCAAAAGGAAUUGACUUCAUCCAAGGAACCGUCGAUUCGUUCCUAGAAAACCAGUGUGACUCUUUAAGACGAACAUAUCAGGCGGACUGUAUUGUCAACUGUACAGGGGUAUCAGCAGGACAACUAGUCCAAGACCACAGCGUGUAUCCUAUGUUAGGUGUAGCUUUAACUCUUCGUCGAGAAGACAGCCCGACUGUUCUUCCUUUUUACGCUUUGACGAUGACUGAAAAGAACUGGUACGAAGGAAAAACUCAAGGAUCAGUGUUCAUUGCACCUAGAGGUGAUCACAGUCUAUGGCUUGGUACGAUGCAAUUAGAAUCAUACGACAAGAACAUCGGUCUUUCACACCCUGCAGUACAGAGAAUGCUUCAAGAAUGUCAAACCAUCUAUCCACCGCUUAAAAACAUAAAUCAAGACGACCUUCGUGUAACAGUUGGCAUACGACCCAUGCGUCGAGGAGGCCCACGCUUGGAACGCGACUCACAUUACCCUUUCUUAAUUCACAAUUAUGGACAUGGACACUUUGGCGUGAAUGCUUCAUGGGGUUGUGCCUCAACUGUGCUUCGCAUUCUGGAAACUAAGUCCCCACAAUUUUCGUCUAAAUAUUAAAUGUUUUACAAAAUAAUUGAGCGCUUAUUUUGCCGGGACAACAAAACAAAGCAAAAAUACCAAGUAUUAAUUUAUUAUUAAAUGAUAAUCAAUUAUCAUAUUUAUAAUUUACAUUUUUUAUUACAUUACAUUAAGUAACUUUUGUAUAAUAAAACAAGCAUGUACAAUAAAGUAAGCAAUUGUAAUUUGAAAGAGCUGUUGACCCUAAAAAAGCAUUUUAACCUUCUCUCGAUCUCUUCGUCUUUCAGUUUCUAUUGGCUCUAGAUCACACCGUCUUAUUUAUUGUAUAUUAUGAAACAUAACAUCCGCAGAUCUAACGUGAAAUUAAGAAUGCAGAAUCUAACGUGGAAUUAAGAAUGCAGAACAUUCGAGAGGUUCGAGAAGCAUUGCCUUCACCGAAMCUUUUCAUAGCUGAUCUCUCGUUUUGCCAUUUCUUCGUUUACAGCUCGAUAAAUCAAGAGCGACUGUCGCUUUACUCUUUGAUAAAAACUUUAUUAAAAAUAAGUGUUUCGUAA